AAAAAACAAAACAAAACAGCCUCUUUUUGCCUCUCUUCUCGCACCGUGGUGCCCGCAGUGACUCCCGAAGAAGAGUCACAGCAGCCCAGCCCGGCCCGGCCCGGCCCAGCCCUCCCCUCCCCGCCGGCGGAGCCGCUUCCCUCGCCGCGCUCCAGCGCCGAGCCUGCUUAUCUGGCAGUGUCUCAAGUUACUCCCCUCAGGCAGCUUGAGCCAGUAAAACUAGAUCCUUUCAUCUCGGCGGAGCUUACUGACAACCAGCCGUCUGGUUUCCUAGGAAACAAAAUCUUGGCUAGAAAUAGUGAAUCAUUUCCAGGUCACUUUCAACAUGGAGAGUGGAGCAGGGAAGCAUUGGACUGAGGAGGAGGUUAAAGCCUUGUUAAGCGUCUGGUCAGAAAAAAAUAUCAGAAAGCAACUGCACGGCACCCUGAGGAAUAAAGGAAUAUUUAUCUACAUUGCCAAAAGGUUACAGGAGUUGGGAGUGUGCAGGGACUGGAAACAGUGCCGUGCAAAGUACAAAAACCUGAAGUACGAAUACAGAACGGUUAAAUAUGCCCACAACUCUGGGGAUGUCACUAAAACCAUGAAGUUUUUCCAUGAUCUGGAUGCCAUAUUGCGAUAUGAGCCUGUCACACAAUUAGCAGCAGAAGAAAACGGCAGGUGUUCUGCGACUGAGACGCAGCUGAACACAAGCCCCACAACAGACAGCACGCAAGGUGAAAUACCAGUCUCUUUAGAAGAUGAUGAGGAUGCUCCAGGAGAUCCACUACUUUUUAUAUCUCAUGCCAGACCAGUUCAACUAGGUAAUCCAGCGCCAGCAGUAGAGGCUUCCAAACCACCAGCUUUUAUUCCUACAGUAGCAAAUGAAGGAGGAAAACACUGGACUGUUAAUGAAGUCAGAGCUUUGAUACGCAUAUGGUCAGACAAAAACAUCCAGCAACAACUGGAGGGGACAGUGAGAAAUAAAAGAAUAUUUGAACAGGUUGCUGCUAGACUGCAAAAGUUUGGAAUUGACAGGGACUGGAAGCAGUGCAGGACAAAAUACAAAAAUCUGAAACAUGAAUACAAGAGUGUAAAAAGUGCCCAAGACUCAGGGAGUAUGAGUAAAAGUAUGAAAUUUUUUAACGAACUGGAUGCUAUUCUGGGGCACUGCACCAUGGAACAAGCAAGUAAAUCAGAUAAUGAUGAAAGUGAGAGGCCUCCAGAAUGGACAGAAGCAAAAUCAGAAAAGGAUUCUGUAGAAAUGCCUGGAGACACAGGUGAAGAGGACUCUGUUAGUAAUAUGUCAGAAGACCUACAGAUUGCAGAUAUAAAGAAAGUUUCUGAUUCAGAUGAUGUUACUGUAAAUACUACUCCAGAGAAUCGGGCAGCUCUGCAUAUAAUGAAAGAAACAGCUAUGACAAAAAUCCUUGAAGAUGACAGGGACUUUGCCAACUCCACCCCAGCAGCUCUGGAAGCUACACAAAUAAAGAAGGAGACGAUUGAUAUAGAUGAUGAUUCUAUAAGCACUACCUCAGAAGACAGAUCUUGUACACCAGUAGCAAAACGGAUGGUUGGGACAGACAAUCACAUUCCCUUGGAAGAAGCACAAAAUCACUUUAAAGUUAUUACAGUUAAUGAUACGGGAGCAGGAAAACACUGGAGUGAUAAUGAAGUUAGGGCUCUGAUAAACAUAUGGUCAGAUGAGAAAAUACAACAAAUGCUUGAAGGGGCCACAAGAAAUAAAGAAAUAUUUGAAGAAAUUGCCAGAAGGUUAAUGAAAUGUGGCAUAGACAGAGACUGGAAACAAUGUCGCACGAAGUACAAGAACCUAAAAUACGAAUACCGUGCACUGCAGAAAGAAAAUGAACAUCUUGGAAAUCCCAGGAGAAAAAUGAGAUUUUAUGAUGAAGUAGACUGUAUCUUAAGAAGACAGUCUCUGGGAACCUCAGGCUGGGGAUGUGAAAGCUCAAGUCUCCUAUCAGUUUCAGUGGGAGAUGCUACAGACACAGGAUCUUUGAGUAUCAAGAGAAAAACAUGGAAUGAUGAGGUGUCACCUGUUCCACUUAAGAAAAGUGCUUCUGAAAACACCAUACUCCACUUUCAAAAACUAUUAACAGAGAGAGUGCACACGGUAACAGAAGGCAAAAAGUUACUGUUUGAAAGGCUCUGUAAGCAGGAAGAAAUGCAAGAGCUCAACAGAACACAGCUGUAUGCUGAUCCAUCAGCCAUACAACAGGUUGGUUUAAUGAACUUUCUAUGAAAUUAAAAUGCAAAUAGAUUCUGUCAGGUAGUAUGAAAUUGAAUACUUAAGUGUACGUUACCCACAUGAGUACAUGAGCUUGCUUACCUUUAAUACAGUCACCUUCAGUCAUUUAAACUAAAACGAGGUGUGAGUUUCCAUCAUAAUCCUCGACUAGCAGCUUUUAGUAGUGAUGU